CGGCGGAAUCCGGGAGGGGCGUGCCGGCCCCUCCCUGGGCGGAGGCGCAGCCAGGCCUAGAAAACAGCGUCGGGUCGGGCCCCCGGCAGGGGUUAGGUCAUGGCUGACGCGUUGAGGGAGCGCACGGCGCAGCUACUGACUGACUACCUGGAGUACUGCGCCCGGGAGCCCGGCAGCCCCGCGCGGACGCCGUCCACGCCCGAGGCCGCGGUGCUGCGCUACCUGGCCGCCCAGAUACGGCAGCGCCACCAGCGUUUCUUGUCGGCUUACCGCGGCUACCGCGGAAACCGCGUGGAACUGGUGGCGCGGUUGGAGCAGGAUUUACUCUCCAACCCCCAAACCCUCAGUUGGGGCCAUGUGGUAGCGCUCUUGACCUUCGCGGGGACGCUGCUGGAGAGACCGCCGGCGGGGACCUACUUGAACCUGACGCCAGGCCAGCAACAGGAGCUGGAGUGGGAGACCAACGUUGGCCAGGACUGCCAGCACCUGGUGGCUUUGCUCUGCAAUCGGCUCACCGGACGGCAUCGCGCCUGGCUGGAGGCUCACGACGGCUGGGAUGGCUUUUGUCUCUUCUUCUCACCCAUGCUGCCAUCUUCUUGGAGAAGACUGCUGGUCCAGGCUCUUCUGUCAUGCUUUACAGUAAUGAUCUUAAUCUACUUCUGGAGAAGAUUAUUGUGAGUUCUAACAUUUUUAGCCCAUUUCUACCUGCCUAACUGUGACCAGCCAACUGAAUUUGAGAUGUGAGAGAAUAGAACAGAGUAAACCAUGCUCUGAGACAUUUUCACCUGCAUUUAUCUGAGGAGUCCUGUGGUGAUGACUCAGAGUUUUAACUCCUGGCAAGUAUCAGAGGUAUUAGGACAAAGGUACAAAUGGCUCUUCUUUGGGGGAAAUGGAUUCUCAAGGCUCAUUGCUCUAAAGAAUUGCGGAAGAAACUACAAAUUUUGUUUAGUAGGGAACAUGGUGCUUUUUGCUACAUUUGGAUAAGAGUGAAUAUGUGUCCACAAUUUCAUGUGCUUCUGCUGACUGAUUCAUCAAGGCAGUCUGUCAGGGGUGAAAUACCAAAAGCCCUCCAAGUCCCAGUUUGACAGGAAUGUAAUAUUUAAAACUUUUAUAAGCAAGUCUUUCUAAAUCCUUUGAAACCUAAUUACUAAUUCUACCUUUCUAGAUUUUAUAUAUUUUUCUGACUUCAAUAA